AUGCAGGGCGAACUAAAACAAAGAAUUCCGAACAGCUCAGCGCAUGAGUUGACGAAGGACAAUAGUAAGGAAACUAAACCGAAAGAUGAUAGAAAGGAACUCAUAUACAAAGGUUUAGUGCAUUCUAAAACGGAAUUGCAUACGUUGUUAGUGUCAUCGUCGAUCUUGACUUUACUUGCAAUCUGCCACAUCCGGAACCCUAAGUGGUGUAGGAAGUUUGUUACAUUACAGUACGAAUACGUUACGCGACCAAACCAUUAUGAUAUAGGAAGUGAUGAUGCGUAUAUUGUUAUAACUUUUGUUGUAAUCUUGUCUCUUGUGAGGUCCUUUGUACUGGAAUUCAUUUUGAAACCUGUUGCGUAUUACAGGUUCAAUAUAAGGUCUACUAAGGCACUACAGAAAUAUGGAGAACAAGCAUGGGCAAUGAUAUAUUAUACAGCAUCCUGGACCUUUGGUUUUUACUUAUACUGUAAAUCUCCUUACUUCCUGGACUGUGAUGCAUUGUUUAUUGGAUGGCCUCAUGACCAGAUGACAGGAGCAUUCAAGUUGUACAAUUUGAUUCAGAUGUCAUCUUGGAUCCAACAAAUAGUGGUUUUAACGAUUGAAGAGAGACGUAAGGACUACUUCCAGAUGCUAGCGCAUCAUCUCAUAACAAUUGCAUUGACAACGGGAUCGUACUAUUAUUAUUUCACAAGGAUUGGUCAUGUUAUUCUAAUUUUGAUGGACUUUGUGGACAUUUUAUUGGCUUGUGCUAAGGUACAGAAAUAUUGUGGGUUUACAGUGGCUUGUGACUACACAUUUAUGAUAUUUUUGGUAUUUUGGUUUGCCCUCAGACAUGUCAUAUACAACUAUUUAUUGUACCAUACAUGGUUUAAAUCCAGAACUUUAAUGCCCGAGGGCGAAUGUGGUGCACAGCUAUUCCAGAAGCGAUGCUGGACACAUGGAAUAAUGAAUGGGUUUAGUGCUUUGUUGGCGGGGCUUCAGGUUCUCACUAUUAUUUGGUUCGUGUUAAUUAUAAAGGUGCUAAUGAAGGUUAUAAAAGGCUUUAACGCAGAGGAUGUUCGUAGUGAUGACGAAGAAUGA